AAAUCCUUCUUGUUAAUUCCCCCGCCGUCUCUCUCAACAGCUUUUGUCGGAAAGCAGGCCUUGCCGGAGGCCGGUACUAAGAUAGAAAACGAAUUUGAUAAUCAUUUUGGAAAUUCACGCAACGGUCUUGUCUUCUUCCAGCGACAUUUUUCUUAAACAUACAGAGUAAUCAUCGCCUACAUUUCGCGGGAAAGAGAACUUCUCCUUCUGUUCCUCUUCGUCAGUUCAUAAUACCAUAGAUUCAAAUUCGUCCAUGGAUGCUAUUCAAGCUCGUAAAGGACACAGGCGUUCUAUCAGCGAUAUCCCAUUAGGAUUCUCUGCUAUGAUUCAAUCCUCACCGCAGUUGAUGCCCAUAAGUGGUCAAUCCACUUGGAACAAAUUUGUACCUGCAGAAAAUUGUUUAUUUGGAUCUGUCAAGCAAGAUUUAGAUAGAAAAUUCUCAGAUGAAGUUCUCAGUUCGAGCAUGAAUUUAGACAAUGUUGUUACAUUGGCAUCUUCUGAUAGUGACAUUGAUAACACGUAUGGUUAUGCUUUCAAUUCUUCAAGUGGAAGAAGAGAAGGGGUGAAAAGGAACGCUGAAGGGACAAUGAAACAUUCUAGAAGUGUUUCCAUGGAUAGUUUCUUAGAAAACUUCAACUCCAAAGAUGAAGAUAAUUCAACUAAGUUUAGUUUGGAGUUUGGAAACGGUGAAUUCAGUGGAGCUGAUCUGAAAAAGAUUAUAGCAGACAACAAGCUCGCUGAAAUUGCUGUAAUUGAUCCAAAACGUGCUAAAAGGUGCACUAACUAA